AUGGCUCUUAGUGAGAUCGUCGCCGAUAAGUCGCUUUUACCAGUCCUGCAGACCAGCGCCGAGACCCUGGUCCAAUGUCAGCAGCUUCUCGCCAUAUUAAACCCCGAUGCCUCGCCAAACGAUGCCGAUAAGCUACAGGAAUUGUCUUUAGCCGCCUCCAAACAACAAAAGCUUCUCUUCGCGCUGCUGGCCCAACUCCGCGGGCAGAACCGGGAUGCCAUUUUUCGAGUGCGCGACACCAAGCAAGCGACCGCGGAGGCUCGACAAGAGAUCGAUCGGCUACAUCUUCAACUUCAGAACUUGUACUAUGAACAAAAGCAUCUCACUGGUGAGAUUGCAGCCUGUGAAGCAUAUGAUCACAAAUAUCUGUCCCUUCCUUUGAUCCCCGUCGAAGAAUUCCUGGAGCUUCACCCCGAACAUCGCGAAACCAAUGAACAUGAACUGAUGAUCGCCCGUAUCAACCAUGAGCAUGCCGAGCGGGAGAAGCUGGAGCAGGCACGACAAGAGCUUCUGAAGCGCAAACAGGCUUUGAUCGCCGAGAACAAGAAGAGAAAGGAUAACCUUGCCAACCUGGAUCAAGAUCUUGAAAAGUUUAUUGAUGCUGCCAAACCGAUCCAGGCGAUUUUCGAGAAGGAAUACUAG